CAUAUAUCUCAGCUUAUGUUAACUUUUAAUCGAAGCCCAGAUUCACUUUCUACUUACAUAUUCUCCACUUCUUACGACAGCUGUGAAUUGAAAUAUCGUCUACACUACAGAGCCUACAUCCUGUCGUUAAUAAAAAGGCAUCCGCAACCAUCAACACCGCCCAUCCCUAUACUGCAGCAUUUUCAAGAAUUUCAAGGUUACAUCUCAGUUGGCUGCAAGCGGCCGCCGCGGCAACAUGUCCCGCGCGCGAUGACGUCUCCACGCGUCUCCGACAACGUCGAGCUUCUCCCGCUCAAGUCUGCCCUUGUUACCAAUAGUAACUACAAAGAUGAUGACACAUAUUAUCCGCCCAAUAAUGACACGCCGUCGAGCUCCCACGACUAUACGCUGCUGUCGAAGCGGACGCCGGCGUCGAAAAGACUUCUGUCCCGCGCAGCCCAGCCUGCACCCACGCCGCUGGUGACGCUGUGUGGCGCUCCGCCCCCGUCCCGCAGGCGAGAAGAGCUGGCGGCGCUCGCCAACCUGCGCAAAAAGGUGGCUCCGGCGCUCCUGCAGCCUGAAAGGAACUGUAAGAACAACAACAACGUCAAAAAGGAGCAUGAGGAGCUCGACAACCGCCCCAAGCUGCUACAAAAGGUGCUGCAGACAAGGCCAGUGAGCAUGGUAGUGCAGUGGAGCGAGGUGCGCACGGCUUGGCAGGACAGCGACUUCAUCACCGAGUGUCUGUGUUGGCACAAUGUCUACCGGCAACGGCACGGCUCGCCGCAACUGUACAUGGCACCAGAGCUGUGCGACUACGCGCAGGCGUGGGCGAACCACCUGGCCCACACUAACAAGUUCCACUACCGCAACGACCGCGACGUGGGGCAGAACCUGUACCAGAGGCCGGUGAGCGCGCUGCAGCCCGACGUCACGGGUCAAGAAGUGUCGUCAUACUGGUACGCCGCGGUGCGUCAAUAUAAUUUUUUCAAGGAGUCCGACGUGCUCCACGCUAAUGUCAACGCUGGCCACUUCACUCAAAUGGUGUGGGUCGCUACUCGCUUCUUCGGCGUCGGGAAGGCGCGCUCGCGCGCCGGCAAGAUCAUCGUCGUUGCCAACUACUCGCCACCAGGCAACCUGUCCGGCCAAUUCGAGAACAACGUGCUGCCGCCGCUGCCGGACACGUUCGCGGACCCGGCGCCGCCCGAGCACUGACGUCUGUCCAUCCGGGGCCGGAGGCUCCACAUCCUCGCCACGUAUCUCAAGUAGACGGCGAACAGAAGCAAACUUACCUUUGACGUCUCAUAAAAUUUUACUUUUUUAUGUCUUCCACGGAUAUGAGAACAGUAAUGCUCUAUAUCUGUGGUUUCUUCCCAUAUGACUCCCAUAAGACGUCCGUCACCUACAGCCUAUUAAAAAUAACUUACAUAAAAUCUUUCUAAAAACAAUACCCGUCAUUGUUAUCAAAAUACUUAAUGUCCCCUCUAUACAACAAUGGAUACCUAUCUUUCUCGUCACUUCUUUGCGUGUCUUGUGAAACUGCGACAGCUUUGUCGGUGGGCAACAUUAAUCAUCACGAGUGCAAGAGUCAGGGCACAGUAGGUCCCCCAUAGUUUGAUAAUAAUUUUAUAUUCAAUAUCUUCCGGUCUCCUUCAUUACAUUCAUACAUUAAACAAGACAUGUCUAUUGUCCACGGCUGGUUAUUGCUUCCCAAAAAGCACCCAAGAGAAGUGCAAAUCAAAACUUAUACUAAUUAAUCUCUCACACAAAGCACACUUUUAUGUUUGGUUAAUGAAAAUGGGUUACUAUGGAAACUCACAUGACACGCAUUUCAGCUGAAUCUUGUCGUUUCAAUCGAGAAUCCAGAGUAAGAAAUACCUUUCCAAUUUGGUUGUGGUAAGUAUUACAUUGAAUAAGAAAUAGGUAUAUAACUAUAUACUAGGCCUACAAGAAUGCUGAAACACCAAAAUUAUGUCCACGCCACGGUCCAUUUCGGCAUCGAGCAUAGUCAAUUAGCUUAGAUAAGAAUAUCGGUUGUUUUGCCUGAGCUUGGAUUUUAUAAAGAUUUUUAGAUUGUAAAACACAAUUUUACGCACAUUGAUGUUAACCAAGGAGCCUAAAACCAAUAUAAACUUUUAUUUUGUAUUUAUUUUUGGUUUCCUAAUUAGUUCUAAGAAGUUUUGUAAAACCUGCCAUAUUGUAAGGGACAAAAUAUGAUAUAUUUUGAACUCAAAUCAAAUAUAAGAAAGAAAAUAUUUUCUUUGACAUUGUAUCUGACAAAAAAUCUUAGUGGACAUAGGGAAACUUACAACUAAGCGAAUUAAAAUUAACAAUUCAGGACCUAAAUAUAUUUGUCGAAAAGGCAACCAGCUCAGCAGGUAUUAAGUUUUAGGCCCCUUGGUAUAGUGGUAUAGAUUUACGCCUCCUGCCAUUGUUAUAAGUAGAUUUCCAAUUUUACAGCUUUUGUUGGUGCUUAAAUACCAGAUUAUCACAUUUUAAAAGUUAGUGUGUAGCUAUGUGAUCACGUAAAUUCUUACUGUUAAGAUUAGUUAAUAAUUACCAGUCUAAACUGGUCGUAUUAUUACAACCCCCAAAAAAACAAACAACGAAAAAAUGUAACCAAAUAUUUAGUCCAAAAAUAUGUUAAGACACAUACAUGCUAGAAAACUUGAGAUGGAAUCUCUGGAGCUUUCUUUAUUUGUAGGCAUUAUAGAGUAAAUAAAAUAUUAAGAUAAUAAAAUAAACAGCCUAGCAAACAAAUGCUGCACAGUAAUCAAACCAUGUGUCAUCAUUGCGGAAAAUAAAAUAAAAACUUAAAAAAAAGUUUACCUGGUGGUUUCUUUUUUAUAAAAAAAAUAUAUAGCUGUGCAGCUUUUAUCUAGAGCUCCUAAGCUAAGCUUGCCUCAUAUAUUCCUGUUCAUUAAUUUGUAAAAAUACCGUCUUCCUAUGAGGUUGAUGAUAUUAAAUAUGUACAAUUGUUAAGUUUACCUGAUAUUAAAUAUUAAUGCUUUAUAUUUAAAUCCUUCCUAAGACUUUUCAAUGUUAAAAAUUUAUAAACAAUAUCUUUGGCGGUUAUUAUUGUCUAGUCAUAAGCAUUAUCUGGGUAAAUAAUGAGAGAUUUUUAGGUUAUAAAACAUUUAUGUACAAAUUGACAAAAAGUGUGAAGUUUAUUAGUUUUAUAAUAACUAGCCCGUACAUACUAUGAAGGUUUGUUUGAACACUGAAAAACGAAUGCAAACAAGUACCUAUUAGUUUUGUUCAUAGAACAAUUAAUUUUUAAUAUUACAACAUUAAUGAUCAGGCUUCCCCUAAAGUUUAUAGAUAUUCAAAACAAACAAGUUAUCAACAAUUUAUAAAAAUCAUUAGGAAGUUAAUUAUUUUGUCAAUACAGUUUUUUGUUCUUGACUGUACCUAAAGAAAAAUCCUCAGUAGAAUCUAAAUAUUUAUUGUGAAGAGAUUAAAGAUCAUUUUUGCUUGAAAUAGAUAAUUUUAGUGAUAUAGGUAUCACAACUGCCUAUGCUUUUAGUAUGUUGUGAAAAGUUGUUAAUAAUGCACAAAACAUUUUCCCCAAAUAGGUAUAUACAAGAUGAAUAUUGCUGUAGGUAUAUAGUUUUCAAUAGAAAUCCAAAAUUAAUUAAAUUAAUUUUUGGGCAAUGUUAUUUGAUUUUACAACAAAUAAACGAAAGAUGUAAUACCAAAAGAUCAAAAUACAGAAAAAAAUUACAAAUACAAAAUUUAUCUUAGGGGAAUCAAAAAUAUAAUACAAUUACAUUAUACAAAGCAGUGCCCAGCCUAAAAAAUUAAUGUGCCAAAAUUAAUAAAAACACUGUUUGCCUAAAAAGCCCAAAAUUUGUAGCAUCACUAGGACUUAGAUAUUGUUAAUAUUGGUUAAACCGUAUAGAAUUAUUAUGGAAUAUUAGGUGGCUAGUGUUGUCCUGGUUUUGGAUGUAGUGUAAUAAAUCCACAUUUGUUAAUUUAAUUGAUCAAUGGCUGUGAAUUGUUAACUGUUAUUAUUAGAACAGAAUUGGCUUGGCAAUAUUUUUAGUGGAAAUAAAAAGUACUUAAGUUAA